UGCACCCAAUUAAUGAAUUGUUUGUUGGUAUUCUUAAAAAAUAUUCAGUACAACAUCACGAUUUGCCUCCAACCAUAAGUCGCAUAAGAAAGUGCUAUACGAGGGAAUCUCGACCAUAUUAAAUCGUAAUUGAUUGCGAUAAGGGCAAAAUCAAAGAAAGUCUUUUUAGGUGUUGCUGGAUUUAUGACAUUUAAUGCUCCAAUGAAUAUGUCUGAACAAGCCAACGUGAUGCAAAAUUAUUUCUCAUUUGUGAACCUACCUCUGUACCAGUUUUAUGAGUGGGCUUAAGUAAAAAAAGAAGCAAUUGGUUGAAUUUAACGCGAAAUGCUCAUGAGAUGUUUUUACGCCUUAAGGAACUAGUCUGUCUUACAGAAAGGAGGAUGAGUUUGAUGCAAAGAUCAUAAAAGCGGUGAAAAAAGAAAUGUCGAAUGGAAUUGGUGCUAGUCCCAGUGCCCCGCCGUUAGUUGCCACGACGGUUACCAUGGACACUAUUCAAGAUUUAAUGCAAUCCCAAACAUCUAGCUUAGAAUAUGAUGAUCCAUGCACCGGACCUUUUCAAGAUACUCGUUUUGAUCAGGUAGUUCAAGUCCAAAGUACUGCAGAUCGUCUGAUUAGCGAAGAAGACGAAAUCAGUAUUUUUAACAUACCAGGAAUUGAGGCCGUCUCAAAUAUAGAGCCCCCAUCUCUCAGCAUUGAUAUUAACUAUGACUCUGGAAUAGAGGAAGAGAUUGAAGAACAUAAAAAAAAACCGUCUGGUAAACGAGGAAAAACAAACUUAAGGCGUCUAGAUAAACUACCAGCUGUUACCGUUACAGUUGACAACGCAGAUGAGUCUGAGGAAGAUACUGUUUCGAAAUUUCAAUGUCAAUAUCUAUGGGAGUUUUUGCAAAGUCUACUAAACUGCAAGAAAUUCAACAGCAAAUACAUUGAAUGGAAGAACCAUCCUGAAGGUAUCUUUAAACUUAAUGAUCACCAUUCUGUCGCCAGACUAUGGGGAAUACAAAAGAAACGAAAGAAUAUGACGUAUGAUAAGCUCAGUCGAGCUCUUCGAUAUUAUUACAGUAAGAAUAUUUUACAAAAAGUCACUGGCGAAAGACUGACCUAUAAGUUUUGUAAGUCUGUGUAUGAAUAUAAAAGUAGCUGAGUUGAUUUUUACAAGAAACGUCUAACGUUGUUCAGCUGCUUGAACGAAACAUGUUUGAAAGCCUCACUGAUGUUUAAAGAAACGAAAAAUUUAACGUGUAUCCAUUAACGUAAGUAAAGUUUUGAUUCGAGCACUGUUAUUCAUGUAAAGUUAUGUAAUUUUUGGUAUACUAUUUCAUGUAAGUCGAAAUAUAGUUACGAUGAUAAUAGUUCGCUUGGAAAAAUAAGAAAUAGCGAUCCAAACAUGUUUUGUCCAACCAAGCUAAUUUUUUUUCAAGUUUACAUCGCAUUUUCUAUAAAAUUUUAUUCCAGUGGACAUUUUAUUUUAUGCAUGCAACUUUAUAGCAAAGUUGUUUUAAACAACAUUUUGUCAAAUCUUGACGUUGAUUGUCAACACAUAAUUUAGUUUGAAUAUUAUUCCGUCAAACCUGACUGGAAAUAAAAGCUUUGAAGUCCCUAACUUUAUACAUUACCUUUUAGUGAUAAUUUAUAGACAUUGAUUCACAGUGAGACAAUCUUAACCAAGCAACAAAAUACAAUGUGCAAAAUACAAAUCCCUUAUCUGAUUAACGCAAAUGGCCUUGUUGACCACUACCCCCCAUCCCCUUUAUUUGAUUGUUUUUACCUCAAGAAUGAAGUUUUUAUUGUCUAUUUUGAUUGCCAAGCUGCUUAUGUUUAAUAAUUUUUUUCCAAAUCUUCCAUGAAAUAGGUAAACCACUUCCCUGUCCUAUAUUUUAUGUGUUGCGUUUGAUUAAGUGUAUUUCGCGAAAGUCCUGUUUUUUUCAUAUAAACUGUGAUUCAAUAUAUUUUUUUGCAAAAAUUAGUUUUCAACGUUUUUUAACUAUUUCAUCUUCUCGAUUGGUUGUUGUUUGUUAAGUUAAUCAUUAUUAUUAAGUUAAUCGUUAUGUAAAUACAUGUUUAUUGUUUUUAUCAUUAUGUAAAUAAUUCCAACAAUAAAAAUUCUUAAUUAAACAA